AGCCAAUAAGGGGCGGGUUUUAAACAUGCAGGAAGUACUGAUGUGGAAAGAGACCCUGGUGGCAGUAAUAAACCGUCCAGAAGGGUAAUUAGAGCUUUGGGUUAGGAUCACUGGAGACAAUACUGCGUUGAGGAAUAUCUCGUCACUGAUCGGAUGAGCAUGUCACAGGUAGGCGAGCGAGAGAAUGCAGCCCUCAGGCAGUGUGUUCAGUCUCGGGCACAGCUGGAGGAGGCCAUAUCCGGGGUUAUUAAAGCUGAGGCCCAGCUCAGGGGUAAUUCUAGAGAGGUGAAGUCUCAGCUGCACAGCUGUAUCAGCAGGCAUUUGGAGACGCUGCGCUCACGGGAAGUUUGGCUCCUUGAGCAGAUUGACCUGUUGGAGCACUUGAAGGCAGAAGCUCUGCAGCAGCAGUUACACCAGCUCCACUGGCUCCGGGGUCAGUUUGACAUCCUUAUCCAUCAACUGCAAAAUUCCUUCAGCAACAACCUUGCCAGUCAACUCACUGCCUGCUUGGAAAAGUUUUCUGGUCUGAAUCUGAGUCCUGAGGAAACACCAGAGAUGAGUUUUGAAGCGGACGCUCGUGCCUUGCGCCAAGCUAUUACCUCUUUUGGGACCAUUUCCACUGAGCAGAUGUUGAAGUCCUCUGUCUCCAGCCUAACCAAUCAAAGAUCAAGCUCUGCUGAGGAAACUUGGCUUGUACAAAGCUGCCCAGUCACUGCAAAGAGACAGAAGCUGGAUCAAGACUGCGGAGGCCUACUUUCUGAAUGGUUACUCACCAGCAGUCCUGUGACCAGUGCUCCAAUUGGAUACCAGGGCAGUAAGAACCCUCAGGACUGGUUGUUAACCCCUAGAGAGAAAUUUCAGGCACACUGCCCACUUGUGCCCUUUGACUUUUAUAAGGCCUGGGGUCAGCUCAAAGAUCUAGAGGUGUGGCUCAUGAAAGAGAAUUCACCUGCACGUGAGCGAGCCAACAGCAAUACCAGCACCAGCAGCUCCGCUUUCUCCAUUGAGAAGAUUGAGGAGAAUGACUUCCUGGGAGAAGGGGAAGUUGAGGGAGCCCAAAUGGAGGAUGUUGAGACUGAUGACACAGAGUCUCUCGAUGACUGGCUCGUCACCCCCAAAACCAGCAAAUCCAUGGAGACCAGCCCUGUUUCAGAUUCAGUCCAGUGGAAGCAGGUGUUCCAACCUUUCCAUGAGAACUUCUCUUCCAGCGAGUGGCUCCUGAAGUCAGACUGUGGCUCAUGCUGCACCUCACGUGUCAAAGCGGUGGAGAUUGAGAACCUUGGCAAGCUCAAGUGCCUGAAAACUCCCUUGUCCUCAGGGGCUACCUCUCCCACUACUCCCACUCCAUCUUCUGUGAGUCCUGAUCCAGUGGAGGUCUGGCUCCAGCAAGCCAUCCCUAUAGAAAAUAACUGCAAAGCCAAUGAGAAAUGUUCAAGCUUUGCUCAGUGCGUGUGUGAUACCAACUGUGGGAAGGAAGCUCUGAGUGCCUGGCUGCUUAAGAAAGAGGGCAAAGAUAAGAAUGGUGUGCCCUUGGACAAGAAUGCCAGCAACAAAUCGUCCAUGUUACAGCAGCAAGAGCAGAAGGUGCAGGCCAUCUUGGAUGCCUGGCUUUAUCCCAGCAAAAGAGAAGAAGCUGAGGUUCUGUCCUCUCUGUCAGGCUGGGUAUCUCCAUGCAAGCUUGAGGCGAAAGAGAGAGCCACUUCUGACAAAAGCUCACCCACUGAUUUGCUUGGACAUUCUGAGGGUGUCUUCCACAAACCCCUGAAACCUGAGAAUUGGCUGCUUUCAGAGAUUAGUAAUAAAAACACACCAGAGCCAGAUGCUGAAGAGGACAAAUGGCUUCUACGCAAGAGGGCCAAUAUACAGGACAGACUUGGUCUCCCCAGAGUAUGUGAUUUAUUUUCCUGUCUCAAGCUUGAUGGGGACAGGGACAAGUGGCUACAUCACACAACAUUUGAAAUGUGAACAACAAAACGCGGCAUUAGAUUUCUGCUGGACUGAAUUGCUGAUCAUCUUCCUGUUGCCUUAUUUUCAUAUUUCUACCCAAUUUUUUUUGUCUGCUUAACACUGCUCUCGGGAGAGAAUGAGCCUGAAUCAGGCUGAAGGAUUGAGUUAUGAGGUAGUAUUUUACCUAACUCGCAAGAAUAAUAAAGGUAAAUCAGAUCAAGAGCUAUUUUAAAUCGGGUUACAUAAUUCAGCAUAAUUUAACACCAUAUGGCUUUCUGAAUAGGAAAAAAGGUUUAUUAGCAAAUUUUAUUACACUUGAUUUCUAUUUCCUUUCAUUUUAAGAAGCCAGUCUAUUCUUUCUGGUUGUUUUUUGUUUUUUUUGUUUUAAUAAAUAUGGUAAAAUAUGAUCCUCCAUUGUUGACCAGGUAUAGUUUUCUUCCAGUAUGGAUAGCUGAUAUUAUGAUAUAUGAUUUAAAGAAAUAAGCACACAAAAUAGGUAAUCAGUACAAAUUUUGGCACAGUAUAUUUUUAAUAAUUGCUCACCUUCCUCUAAGCCUCACUACAGUUUUUAUUCUUAAUAUCCCUCCGUGUGCAUUUCCACCAAGCGGACACCCUGCAGUAAUUCCUGAAUAAAGUGUGGCAAACUGCAUUAGAACAUAUUGUAUUAUGACCACUUGUUUUCCUUCUGCUUUGUUAGCUUGGACAGAUAUAGUUAAAUUGCUCUAGAUAUCAUGGGCUUGAGAAGAUCUAGUUCUGUGAUGUAAUAAAGCAAAUAUAGGAUGUUAAACAGAUUACCAAGGAAAUAGGAUGUUUAGCUUUUGCCAGCUCUCCCUAAAAAGACUAAGGGUUUGGUGCAAUAUAUAAUAACAAAAUAUGUGACGUCAAUACCACCUACGUCAGUUUUAAUAGGGUCCCAUUUUCAAACCCAUUCUCAUUCCGAAGUUUAAUGCUACACGCACAUGCAUCACUAACAGAUCAUAUGUUAUUUAAAGAAGUAUUGCUUCUCUGCUUUCUGUCUUCUGCUCACUGUAUCACAAUCUCUUAAUAAAUAUAUUUAAACAAUAAA